AUGAUUGGAAUAUUUGUUUUUUCAUCGAUUAUAGGACAAGUUGGCAAUGUUAUUACAAAUCGAAAUGCUAGUCGUUUAGAAUUUGAACGUUUAUUGGAUAGUGCAAAACAAUACAUGCGUUCACAUAAUGUACCAACUGAAAUGCAACGACGUGUUCAACGUUGGUAUGAUUAUUCCUGGUCACGUGGUCGAAUGUCUGGCGCUGGCGAUGUUCAUUCAAUAAAACUUUUACCAGAUAAACUUAAAACAGAAUUAGCUCUUCAUGUCAAUUUGGGAACCUUGAAAAAGGUGACUAUAUUUCAAGAAUGUCAACCUGAAUUUUUACAUGAUCUUGUUUUAAAAAUGCGUGCAUAUAUAUUCACCCCAGGUGAUAUUAUAUGUCGUAAAGGUGAAGUAGCACGUGAAAUGUUCAUUAUAGCAGAUGGUGUUCUUGAAGUAGUCAAUGAAAAAAAUGAUGUUCUAACACGUUUGGGUGCAGGUGAUUUUUUUGGCGAAAUUGGAAUUUUAAAUAUUGAUGGUGCUAACCGACGUACAGCUGAUGUACGAAGCGUUGGUUAUUCAGAAUUAUUUUCUCUAUCAAAAGAAGAUGUUUUGGAAGGUUGCCGAGAUUAUCCCGAAGCUGAACGUACAUUAUAUGAAUAUGCUCAAAAUCGUCUUGGUUUUGAAAAAGCUAAAAAUGAAGCAUCAGAAAAAAUGAAAGGUGCAUUAGAUACUUUAACAUCAAUUGCAUCAUGUUUAACAAAUAAUUCAAUAACAGUCGUACCAGCACCUCAAAAUAUGUCACCUAUACAAGAAAUAAAUGAAAAAGGUUCAGUUAAUAAUAAUCUAGAAAAUGAAGAUCAAACUGAACAAAUAACAUUAUGCUGUAAUCAUCGAAGAAUAUUAUCAGUAGAUCAUGCAGGAUUAAAAUCAAAACUUUCAAUUUCUAAUUCACAAAAUUUUGUCUGUGAUAACCAAGAUAAACCUCUAAUUCAUGGAAAUUCAUUAUCAAAAAAUAUUUUAGCUCAAUCAUUAUAUACAUAUUCAAAUGAGUUGAUGAGUGAUAUUGAAUCAUUGAUUCAUGAUAAAAUGCUUUCAAUUGAACAAUCUUAUCGACAAAAAAUUGCAGAAUUACAAGAACAAAAUGAACGUAAAGAUAUACGAAUGAAAUUACUGGAAGAAAAAUUACAAAAAUUACAGAGAACAUUAUUCAAUCGUAAUCGAAUAUGGUUUGAAGAUGAAUGA